GAACUCAACCAAAAAGUUGAAUUGUUUAUAAUUUCAAAUCAAACCGAACCGACAUUCAAUUAUUCAAUUUAGUUCGGUUUUUGCAUACCCUGCUAUACAUAUCAAAACUUACUCAACGUUUGUUUUUCUUAGACAGAGCAAACUGAUACAAUGGCUAUGGAGUGGUAAAAUAAGUGUAAACCGUGUCUACAGACCCCACCAUUUGCAAAUGAAGCUUGGAAGAUGAAUAAAUAAAAUGCAACAUUAGAAGAUAUGAAAUGGCCCCAUUAUGCUCUUGGGAAAUUUCAGCUUUCUUUCCAGUUUCCUAUCUCUCUGCUAUAUAUAUUCCUAGCUCUAAUGCACUCCUAAUUCAACAAUACAAGAAAACAAAUAGAUUCUAAUAACAGAUUCUACGCAAAGCUGCAUUUCACGAACUCCAUGGCCUUGUUGAGAAACGGAGAAGAAAGCGUUAAAGUUUUAAUGAUGCUCAAGCUUUUCGUUAAAAAGAUACAGCGGAGUCUCAUUCAUUCAUCUAGAGGAUCAAGCGUCACCGAGAUUAAGCAAGGACAUUUUGCAGUUAUUGCGGUAAAGGGUGGUGAGCCGAAGAGGUUUAUAGUGGAGUUAGAGUAUUUGACUGAUCCAGCGUUCGUGAAGUUACUGGAGGACGCAGAAGAGGAAUAUGGGUUCCAACAGAAAGGAGUUCUUUCAGUGCCGUGUCAACCUGAAGAACUAGAGAUGAUUAUAGGCGAAAGAAGGCGAAGGAGAAGAAUGAGUACUGAAUGGUAAUGGACAUUUAAAAUCUUUGUGUACUGGAAAAAAUCGGUGUUUCUGGUUUGCAUGGUUCACAAGAAGACUAACGAAGCAUUCUUUUGUUAUUUGAAGUGUCCAGUAGGGAAAACUGUGAAACAAAACGGACAUUUGUUCUACAAAGAAAAUGAUCCUCUCACUAGUUCACCUACUGACACGCCUCGUAUAAAUUCUAACUAACAAAAAAAUAUACAGAAAUUCUUACAACUUCAGCAGAAAUAUUAAUCAUUCAGCUUUUGAGA